AUGCAGAGCUCCAAGGCUGGCCACGCUUCGGCGCGUAUUGCCAACGAAACAUCCAACGAGAGAGUCAACGAGAGUGUACCCGAUAAAAUCCUUCCGGAUACCGACUUGGCAACUACAAAUGCCACCCAUCUGAGUAUCAAUACGCAACCAAGUAUCCUUCGCACCGGAGGCUCCGACUUUCCAGUCACCACACCGCGCAUUCCGGAAGGCCGAAUGAUGGACGAUGUCACCCGAUCUCAGCACUUUACCUUGCGAACGCUCCCUGCUUGGAUUCGGUCGGUCGAAGAUGUUGACGACGACGUUGAGGAUGCGAGAGCAACCGAUCGUCUACUGCCCUCCCAACCAAAUGAUGCGCGAGUCGCCCAGCACAAUCACUCCCCGUAUGCAACAUCUGGUCCGGAAUACUCGGAAACACAAGACAUCUCCCUCCUUGAAAGAGCCGCCCAAAACCAUGAGUCGCGGUGGAAAACCUUCUCGCGCACCAUUCAAUACCCCCGGGAAUAUGGACACGAGGCCAAAGAAGUUACGCCAGACUGGAUGAAUGAUAAUCAUGGGAGUUACUUGGAGCCAUGGCGAGGCAAAUUACUCAACGGCGACAGCCCUGAGCAUCCGUUGCACAUCAAUGCGCGCAGGCGCGAGGUUUGGAUCAAACGCUUUCAGAAUUCAUUGUUGAAGAGUCCAAUUGUGCCUUUGAUCCUGCGACUCACUGUGUGGUGCUUCUCUCUCUCUGCUCUGGCUUUGGGUGGAUCGAUUCAACACUUGGCCAAUGAAGGUCAUCGUAGCCAGGGUCCAUCGGCGCUGAUGGCAAUCAUUGUUGAUGCAGUCGCCCUAGUAUAUCUCGUCUAUAUCACUUUUGACGAAUAUACCUCGAAACCCCUGGGCCUGCGUUCUCCAUCGGCCAAGGCACGAUUGAUUUUACUUGACUUGUUUUUCAUUGUCUUUGAUUCUGCCAAUCUGAGCCUGGCGUUCGCCUCUUUGUCGGAGGUCACGGGCUCUUGCACUGAAGCGGAGGUCAAUCAGGAACUGGACCCUCGAAAUGACGGCAUUUGUGUGCGACAAAAGGCCCUUGCAUCCGUUUUGCUGGUUGCUUUGCUUGCUUGGCUCAUGACAUUCUGCAUUAGCGUUCUCCGGUAA